AUGGUUUCAUCUGUAAUAGACAGUGAGAAUAGAAGAUGGAAUGCUGAGUUAAUUAGAUCUCUAUUUCUCCCCUUUGAGGCAAAUACAAUCCUGAAUAUCCCAUUGAGCUACAACUUACCUGAGGACAAAGUAAUUUGGAUUGGUAAUCGAAAGGGUGAGUUUACAGUUAGGAGUGCAUAUUACAUCGCCCUUAAAGUAAUCGAAUCUGAUGAGGUGGGUGAAAGCUCUUAUGGUGACUUUAGAACCCCAUUGUGGAGAAAAAUAUGGCAUCUAAAAAUCCCAGCAAAAAUUCGGAUUUUUGCUUGGAGGGCUUGCAUGAAUGCUCUCCCAACAAAGUUGAAUUUGAACAAAAAUGCUAGACAGGUUUGGGACAGGUGGGUGGAAUGUCCAGUGAACCUUAAUUCUGCUCAUCUAGAUGUUUCUGAUAUAGCCUUAAAAAUAUCAGAUGACACUUCUAAGGAUCUUGAAACUUUCUUUGUCACUGCUUGGUCCCUCUAG